UUAAAAUUUAGAAAAAACAAAGUUAAUUAUUUCUUUGUUUUUGAGAUAUUUGGGGCCAUUCAAGUAAAGAUAUGACCUCACUAUGUAGACAGAAUUUCCACCAGGACUGUGAAGCAGCAAUCAACAAGCAGAUCAACUUAGAAUUAUAUGCUAGUUACGUCUACCAAUGUAUGGCAUUCUAUUUUGAUAGAGAUGAUGUUUCUCUUCCUGGCUGUCACAAAUAUUUCAAGAAAAAUUCUGAUGAAGAGCGAGAGCAUGCAGAAAAGCUGAUGGAAUACCAGAACAAAAGAGGGGGUCGUAUUGUAUUUCAAGAUGUACAAAAACCUGUGAAAGAUGAAUGGGGUACUGGGCUCGAUGCCCUCCAGGCAGCGCUUGAGCUUGAAAAGAACGUCAAUCAAUCAUUACUUGAACUUCAUGCAUUGGCUGAUAGUGUACAUGAUGAACAUUUGGGCGAUUUCAUUGAAGAUGUCUAUCUCGGGGAGCAAGUGGAGUCCAUUAAGGAAUUAUCCGAUUACAUUACACAACUGAAAAAAGCGGGACCAGGAAUUGGCGAAUACCUAUUCGACAAAGAUCUUCAAUAAACAGAAGGGAAUGAUUAACAAAUAUUUGCAUUAGGCUAUGGAAUAACAAACUAAAUUAAAAUCAUUUUUUCUGAUAAUUGUGCCAUAUUUCGGAAGAAGACGAUCUAGAGAAAUACAAAAAUUUAAAACAUGUGUUCAGAUUAACUGCUUGAGAACUUGAGAUAUGUCAUCCAGAUUUUGCAAACUCUCAAUUUUCUCAAAAGAUCACGGGGUCUUAUUUACACAUCAAGAGUUUUUAAAACUAAAUUGUUAUGGUAUAAGGGGCCAGGUCAAUAUUUCAAUGUCCGGCAAAAAGGGGAGGGGUUAAAACCU